UCUCUGUCUCUCUCUCUCCCUUCCCAGGCACAAUGGAGCUUCCUUUGGGCUUCCAGUUUGAAGAGUCGGUUUUCGAAGGUGGCAGCCGGGAGAGGAAAGACCUCCUCUCUUCUUCCCUUGCCUCCAACUAUUCAGCAAGAUGCUGUGAGCCAGAGUGGUUUUGCGAGGAGACAAGCACCGAAGAUGAUGCCGAAAAUGUCAAUAUAAGAAAAUUCAGAGGGGAUUUGGCCUAUCAGCGGCAAGACUUUAAGAAGGCUCUGUGUGAGUAUUCCGGCUGCCUGAAACUGCUUCCUCCCAGCAAUCUUGCCAUGAGAAGGGACGUAUUGGAGAGCCAGGCUCGCUGCUUGUCUUCUCUGGGGAGACACAAGGAAGCCUUGGAAGUUGCAGAAACCCUGAGAAGCAGAGCAACAAAUACUGACCAAAUAGUCGCCAUCCUUUGCCUGCAGCUGGCCAUUUACCGCAGUCUAGAGCACACUGAGAGCAUAAUCGGAUGCCUCCAGCAACUCAUUACGUUACACCCUUUUCACCCGAGGCACUGGAAGCUGCUUGCCGAGGCUUAUAUGAGCCUUUUGCGUUCUCCAUCCAUGGCAGAAGCUGAUUUCUUGCAAUGUGACAGCUCAGCUGCAGAUAGGAACUUUCUCCAGGUUUUGCCAAAUGAAGCCAACACCCCACACUGCAAAAAUCACAGCUGGAAAAAGGAUGCCUCUCUGCAUUUUUCUCCAGAAACAGAUGGCAGCUGUGUAUCUUGUGAAGAAAGCCAAACAGAACAGGAAUCUAUGGGUGAUCUGGGAAAAUCAGAGGUACAGCAUGCAACAAAGAAAACUGUAUGUUCUUCCAUGGGACAGGAAGGCUCCCAAAACAUUGCGAUAUAUUCAUGUGCUGCUUUCAUUAGAGCAAGGCUCUUGUUUCAGCUCCUACAGUCGAGCCAAUCUUCCUUUGCUUUAGAGAGAAACCUAAAAGCCCAGCAGGAGAUUGAAGACAAAGUAGCGUCCUUUGGGUUAAAGGAGGAUGCCUUGUCCUUGAUAACUGAGACAAUGGGAGAGGAUAUUGUGCCCGAAAGGCUGAAGGAGGAUGCCCAGGGAGAGGUGAAAUGCCUGAGUACUUCAGCCUUGAUGGCCCUCUUGACUCCAUUGACUGUGGAAUUUGAAGAAAAGUGGUUCCAAAAACUCAGAGAUUCCUUCUGUCACUUGGAGUGCCACAUAUGACACCAUAUGGCUGCAUUGAGACUCGUUCUGUUUUUCUUUUUCUCCUGGCUCUCCAAGGCUCUCCAGGGAAGGACUGGAGACUUUAAGUUCAUCCCAUCUGAACCCGAGUUUCCUUUUCCCAGCAUUUGUCUGUUUUGUUCACCCCAGAGUGCCUUGGCCAUGGGAGCGACUGGGGAGUUUCUUUGGAUACGGAACUUGGCAAGAGACCAACGUUUCCUUCGUUAGGACUUGUGUCCAUUUAUUUUUGUUGUCCCUGGCACAAUAGGCCUUUUUAUGAAUGGCAAGAUGCCCAGGAUUAAGAGGUCAUGAACGUCCGUCCUUGCAGUCUUUUUGCUUUGUUUUUGAUUUUUCCAGCCAACUCUGUUGUCCCUUGGGAGAGGUGAGAGAAAGGUUCUUUUUGUUGGUAAUAAACUCAUCCUUCCUA